AUGCUGUUGAAUACAUCUUCUCGAAAUAUACUCCGUCGCUCCAAUACAAAGCAAUGGUCACUAGGUCUCUUGCCCACUAUCGCAACGAAACGAUACGUACGCACAUCUUCAGAACCUAGCAGCUCUACAUCUACACCCCUACCAUUCAAGAAGGAGAAAGAUGGGGCAUCCGGGUAUCUUCUGGCAAAAGCCGAUGAUCUAGUCAACUGGGGAAGGCAAGGCUCCCUGUGGCCCUUGUCAUUCGGACUAGCCUGCUGCGGAAUCGAAAUGAUGCAUACCUCAAUGCCACGCUACGACCAGGAUCGCCUGGGCAUUAUUUUCCGCGCCUCGCCACGGCAAGCCGAUGUCAUGAUAGUGGCCGGUACGGUAGUCAACAAGAUGGCACCGGCAGUGAGACAACUAUAUGAUCAGAUGCCGGAUCCGAAAUGGGUGAUCAGCAUGGGCAGUUGUGCCAAUGGUGGAGGAUAUUACCACUACAGUUACAAUGUUGUACGCGGUGUGGACCGCAUCGUGCCAGUGGAUAUCUAUGUGCCUGGAUGUCCACCAACUGCCGAGGCACUUCUGCAGGGGAUUUUUCUUCUACAGAAGAAGAUGCGUAGGACCCAGGUUACCAGGAUGUGGCACAGCGAUGACAGGGAGUCCAGGAAAUCCCCAGUCCAAUCAUCAGUCCAAUCCCCAGUACAAUCCAUCAUCUCUAGAUUUCUUCAUGAGGACUCCCCGGACCAAUCCAUCAUCAUCCUAGUUCCUGACGAGGAAUCCCCGACCCAAUCCAUCAUCUCUCGAUUUCUCCACGAGGACUCCCCGGACCAAUCCAUCAUCGUCCUGGUUCCCGACGAGGAAUCUUCAGCCUAA